AUGGAGCAAGGGACACAAGCUGACGGCGGCAUCCAGACUGAUGAGAAUACGCCCAUCGCGCCUUCGCUGCGUCGUUCGAAUCGUCUAGCUUCUAAACCUCCACAGAAAACCAAGGCCAUAGUCGCUAUGAGCGAGCCGAGACGAAAUCCCAAGCGCAAGGCCUGUGAGCCAGCGAAUGAGGUAAAUCAGCAAAGCAACUCAGACGAACUCUUGAAUGAGGCUCUGGCCCCGCUAUCUCAAGAGGAUAUCGAGGAGUGGGAAGGUUGGAUAGAGCUUGAGUCAGAACCGGCUUUCUUCACCAUCAUACUUCGAGACCUUGGUGUUCAGAAUGUGAAGGCGCAGGAAAUAUUCACCAUUGACCAAGACUCUCUUUCACACCUUCCGCAGCCGGUAUACGGCUUGAUCUUCCUCUUUCAGUAUCUUCCUGGAAUGGAGGAAACGAAUGAAGAACAAGAUGCAAGCGAUGUGUGGUUUGCAAACCAGACUACGAACAAUGCAUGCGCUACUGUUGCUAUGCUCAAUAUUGUCAUGAAUGCUGAAGGGAUCGAGCUUGGUGACAAACUACAAGCGUUCAAAGAGUCGACAAAGGACCUCAGCACUGCCCUACGUGGACACCAAAUCAGCGAAAACAGAUUCAUCCGCACCAUACACAACUCUUUCACGCGUCGAAUGGAUCAUCUGAACGCUGACCUAUUUCUUGAAAACGAAUCAUCUGAGGCGAAGUCCAGUGCAAACAAGAGACGUUCAGCACCGAAAGGAGGUAAAAGAGCACCUCCGCGAAAGAAGAAAACAGACUCUGACUAUGGCUUUCAUUUUAUCGCCUAUGUGCCUGCAGGAGGCUAUGUGUGGGAGUUGGAUGGGCUUCAGUAUAAGCCUUGCAGGCUGGACCCAGUGCCUAGUUCAUCCAAAUGGACAUCGGUCGCAGCGCCUCAAAUUGAGGCCCGAAUGCUACAGUAUGAAGAAAGCCAGCUUUCGUUCAACCUUCUAGCACUCUGCCAAAGCCCCCUAGCAGCAUACUCACGAACCAUUGCCCGCGCCGCGGCAUCUCUACAAUUCGUAUGCACCAACACCAACCUCCCCGAGUUUGAAAUGCUUAUCCGUGGCGAGAAACUUCCUCUCGACGUUGACGAUGAGUCUCAGCUAUCCGAAUUCAACAUUACCAAAUCAGACGUUACCAAUGCACAAAUCCCCAACACCAUACAAUAUAAGCUCAAGCGCCCCGGCUUUGACACUCAGGCCGCUUAUGAGCUAUACCAAGAGCUUAUCAUAGACCUCAAGGCAGCCAUGGGCGAGUUCCACGCCGAGAUGACGGCCAUAUCGGACGAUGAGCAACGAGUCAAGGGGCGUAAGAAAGACUACGGACCUGCACUGCACAAGUGGAUGACGAAACUUGCUCAAAAGGGGGUUUUGGAAGAAGUUAUAAAAGCAACCUAA